GGUAUAUUUCAAACCUAUUGCAGAUGUCAUUGGUAGUCUAGUGAGCCGUGUCCACCUGUCACCUUCAACAAGACGCCAGUCUGGGGCUGAUCUGGUUUUAACUGAACUGCUACCCAUUUUUCCUGCUGUUAGCCCUGCUUAUUUUGCCCUCAGCUAUGGUGUGACCUACUGUGGUGAGAGUGCAGCCAGCAGCCUCACCAUGGCCAAUGUGCCUUGGCACGAGGAAGUGGUACGCUUUGUCCAGGAGCUGGUGGAUCUGCUUCCCGACUAUGAAAUUGCGUGUGAACACGAGCACUCCAACUGCCUCCUGAUUGGACAUAAAAAGUUUAAAAUCAGUGGAGAAUGGUGGACGUGGAUCGAUUACAGCCGCUUCCAGGAGCUCGUCCUGCAGUAUGAAGAGAGUGGAGGCUCAAAGACGUUCAGUGCGAGCGAUUACAUGGCCAGAACCCCACAGUGGGCACUCUUCGGUGCCAGGGAAAGAGGCUUUGAUCCCAAGGACACGAGAUACCAGAGGAAGAACAAAGCGAAGGAUAUUUCUGGAUGCUGAGCUUAUCUGAGUUAAGGAUCUCCAAAGACAAGAGCCGCCUGACCCCAGAAGGGUCCCAGUCCCCAUCACAGUCCCAAGGGCAAAGCUUCACAGCUGUAUUUCAUAGGGUGAUACCACCAGGCAUUGGGCUUGGAGACUCAGCUCAGUGCUUCCAGCCAGAGCUCAGGCCUUUUCUGAGUUGAUUUCUGAGACAGCGGAGUCAACAGUCACCUUUGGAUUUUUCAUAGUUUUGAGUUUUAUUUUAGUAAUUUUCCUAAGUGUUAUUCCUGGGUGUUACACAGGGAAUAAAUAUUUCUGCCUCUUCCUUCUGA